CUCUCAUUUCAUUUUAUUAUAGAGAGAGAAAACCAGUUAAGAGAGAGAGAGAGAGAGAGAGAGAGUUCUAGCAGGUUUUCACCGGAGAAGUUAUCGGCAAAUUGAAUUAUCGGCGACGAAGCCCGACCCGGUGCGGAGUUCCGGGUGGUUUGUUUUGUUUGGGAAAAAAUAAGGAUUCGGUUUUCGGGUAUGGGCAUUUCUUGGGACGACGUCGUGUUGAUCAACCAAGGGAAGAAACCGGGCGACCCGUCCGUCAUCACGGUGAACUGCCCCGACAAGGCCGGACUCGGGUGCGACCUCUGCCGAAUCGUAGUCGAAUUCGGACUCUGCAUCACCAAAGGAGAUUUUUGUACUGAUGGUAACUGGUGUUACAUAGUAUUGUGGACUGUUCCACAAUCAAGCUCAUUGACGAUUGAUUGGGAGAGCUUGAAAAGCCGGCUAUUCUCUGCGUGCCCUUCAUGUUUGAUGUCAUUUUAUUUCAAUCAACAGUCCAGCCGUUCACCACAUUCGACAAUUUACAUGUUGACGGUCUUUUGCUUGGACCGGAAAGGAUUGUUACAUGAUGUUACAAAAGCGCUCUGUCAGCUUGAGCUUGCAAUUCAAAGAGUGAAAGUGAUGACAACCCCAGAUGGCAAGGUCUUGGAUCUCUUCUUCAUCACGGAUAGCAUGGAUCUGUUACAUACAAAAGAGAGACAAUCGGAUACGCGUGAACAUCUUAGUGAUGUUUUAGGAGAGGAUUGCAUCUGUUGUGAACUUCAGCCUGCAGGGCCUGAAUAUGAAGGUCAGCAAGGGUUCUCAUCUCUUUCAGAAGCAGUUGCAGAAGAAUUAUUUAGUUCUGAGCUGUCUAAUAAGAAAGCAUGUUCACAAGCUCUAAGCCCCGAUAUGAAAAAAGUAAAGACGACGAAUGUCACAAUAGAUAAUUUUAUGAGCCCGGCUCAUACCUUGCUUCAAAUACAAUGUGUUGAUCAAAAGAACGUCGUCUAUGACAUUUUGAGGACUUCAAAGGACUGCAAUAUUCAGAUUGCUUAUGGAAGAAUAUCACCAAGUUUGGAAGGCAGCAGGAAUGUGGAUCUAUUUAUACAGAAAACAGAUGAAAAAAUUCUAGAGUCUGAUCAUCAGAUUACACUAUGUUCUCGUUUAAAGGAGGAGAUGCUUCACCCAUUGCGAGUUACAAUUGCCAACCGUGGCCCAGAUACCGAACUCUUGGUUGCUAAUCCAGUCGAGUUAUCUGGAAAGGGAAGGCCUCGUGUUUUCUAUGAUGUUACUUUCUCAUUAAAGAUGCUUGGUAUAUGUGUCUUUUCGGCUGAAAUUGGAAGGUAUUCAACAUCAAAUCGCGAGUGGGAAGUGUACAGAUUCCUUUUGGAUGAAAGCCGGGACUUUCCAUUAGCAAGUAGUCGAGCUAGAAAUGAGAUCGUGGACAGAGUGAGAAGAACUCUUAUGGGCUGGUGAGCCAUUACAUUCCUUGCAUUGGUCAUCAAGAAAAGGAAAUUUCCCGUCUCCCUCUGCUGAUAAUCAUGUCCGUCUUGCUAUUGAGAAGAACCCGCGUCUCAGGGACAUCAUCGCAAAUCUGUGGCCAACCAUGAGGCUUGUCAGUGUAAAAUAUGGGUUCUUUGGGUUAAAAAAUAUCCGUAGUCCAUGCAUUUAUUUACAUGCUUUUAGAUUUUGUUAAUCUCAGUUCUUGGGGAAGUUUGUCGGUGAUGAGCAUUACAUACUCGUGUUAGACGAUGUUCAUUCUUUUAUCUAUCAAAUUAGGUGAAGUGGUUGAAAUUCGUGGUAAAAUGUGUCUAGUGAUUUGGUUUCUAUGAAGAGAAAUUCAUGCUUGAGCUAUUCCGGAUAGUGGAGGAUGUUGUUGUGAAGAAAUAUUUGCAGGCGCAGUUUACUCCAACCUCUUUCGUCCGGUUUAGGACACAAUAAUAUUUGAUUUUUCGCUUUUUAACC